ACCAGGCGAUACCAUGAGAGCGUAGACCAACCGACGGGAAACAUGGAGCCGAAUAAGAACGACGCGGUGAAAUUGCCAGAUAUGAUCAUGUGCGGUGACCACCCGUCGUUCACAAAGACGGAGCUCAACGCGAAGGAGUCCAAAAUAGAAGCCAACAGGGAUAAGGAGAAAAAUACCAUGUCACGCACGCGGAUAUCUCCUACGUCGUCCCGCACGGAGGCGGGCGAGCCCCGCACGCGCGCGGCGUCGGAGCACGCGCUGCGGCUGCUGGCGGCGCGCCGGCGCGUGCGCUCGCUCGAGGUGGUGCAGCGGCCCGACGUCAGCAUCGCCACGGGCAACAGGACGCUCGUGCAAGCGGCAUUGGGCACAUUCCGCUGGCCGCCGUACUUGUUGGCGGUGUGGGUGCUGGUGCUGGUGCUGACGCACGUGCUGCACUGCCUCGUCGGGCUGCUCGAGCGAGCUUUACCCAGCCUCAGAAAAUUCUGCCAAUACUUCCGAGCAUGGGCAGAAGAUUCUUGGAGAACGGAAACCGAUCUCAAUCACCGACUGUACCCGAUGGGGCUCGCCUGCCUCACCGGGCUACUCUACACACUCUACUUCGGCCUCUAUGCGUUGUACUGCAUCGCCGUGUGGGCCAUAGAGCCACUCUGCUCCGAGAUGGAAAACAAACACAGCUCUAGCAUCAUAGAAGAACCAAAAAUAACCAACUACGUCGAGGAGGUCAACAGCAAAGUAAAUUCUAGUAUCAAACAGUAAUAGCGGGAAUAUUUAUGAUUUUAUUUAUACAAACAUUUUGAUAUCAAAUUUAUAUUUACAAUUUUACGAGAUAUAAACGAAUUAUAAACGAUC